UAUUCUUGGUGUUAUAAGUCUCUAGUUCUCUGUGGAUUCGAUCCUAAAAUGCUACAAUGACAUACCAUUCGAUUGUGGUAUUGUUGGCACAUUAGGUUAAUUGGUGUGUGCUUAAACGCGUAAUCAAUUUGGCGCCGUUGCCGGGGAACUAAGUAGAUUUGUCAUUAAGAUUUCAAACUUUCUUGAGAUUAAGCUUUAUUUUCUUAUGCUUUGUUUUGCUUUUGUAUAGCUACUAACCUCUUCUUCUAGCUUUUGUUAUUUGUAGAGAUGGCUUCAAGCUACUCUGAGAAGCCACAAGAAGAGGAAGAGACAUUUGAAGAUCGCAUUGAAGAUCAGCCAUAUGUGAAGCCACCACCCUUUGAUAUACGCAUACUCACACCAGACCAAAGGGAUGAGUUGCAUCGGCUUCAGAAAAUGAAAAAGAAUCGGGACAAGACAAAGAGAAACCUAGCACAACUUAUCCGGAUACACCUCAUUAGGGACCGAGCAGAGUUUGAAGAAAGGGAGGUUACCCAGUAUGAGUUAGAUGCUGCUUGUGCCCUUAAUGAGGUAAUGUAUUGGGCUCCACCACUCCAACUGGAAGGUAUAGAAAUUUCCACUUUAAAACUUCAACUCGAGGAAAUAUGCUUGCCUUGUGGUGAGAAUAAUAUCUCUGGUCUUAAUUCUCUUGUGCUCAUGAAUGAAUGUCUUGAUCUGAUAUGUGAAACUAAGAAACUAGAUGAGUUGAGAAUAGAAAAGCUUGUUAGAGAUCAUAUUGAAGUUUGUUUUGACAAGAGCUAUCUAUGUGCUUCAUUUGAUCUUGAAUCUGAGUUUUUCAUUCUUGAUGAACCUAGACCUCUUCUUGAACUUCCUGAUUUAGGGGAUGAACUUGAUGUGGAUAAGCUCUUGCUUGAGAUAGAAAACCCCCAUGCUGAAAACUAUCAUGAGAAUGUGAACAUUGUGUAUUAUUUGAUUGAUGGAGAUAGAGUUGACUACUUUGUUAAAACCUCAUUUGAACAUGUAGUUGAUUUUGUGUUUCCACCUAAUGCUUUUGAUUCUCAUGAUCAUCUGAACCUCAAGGAGCAUUUCAUAACUCAUGUCAUAUCUUUAGUGAAGCUCUUUGAGGAAAAAUAUGUCUAUUUUCUAUGGACAGUAGUGUGCUCCUUUGCAUACUUGGUUCCUUGUUCUUGGAGGAGAGGGACCAAAGGUGCAUUGGCUCAACCUUUUGAUACUUAUGAUUAGCAAGCACACAAAGUCAAGCUAGAGACUUAAAACAAGCUCACUUGGGAGGAAAUCUCAAGAGUAUCCUUUGUAUAUAUGUGUGAAUGUUUUUAAUAAAUUGUGUGAACCAUCCUUGUUUGUGUGUUUGUUUGUGUGAAUUGUGUGUCAUUUCAGUUUGGAAGGUGUUCAGGAAAAGGAAAGGAUUCAAAAGAGGCUAGGAAAGAAACACAAGUGCUGUGGAGACAUGCUCAUAGCGACAUAUCCAUAGUGACAUGCUCAAGUCGCUACAGUCACAAGGUAAGUACUCUAAUCCGGUUUAAAUUCUCUCCACAUCUCUAGUAAUUUUUAUUUUACUUAUCAUGUAAACCACUCCAA